AUGAGCAACGCUAAUCCUUACGGAAAUAACAAUCCGUACGCCGAAAACUAUGAAAUGCAAGAGGAGAACUUUAAUAAUGCUCCCACAGGCCACACAGACGGCAGCGAUGAUUUCGUCGGGUUCAUGAACAAGAUCAACACUAUCAAUGCGAACUUAUCCAGGUACGAGAACAUCAUCAACCGGAUUGAUAUGCAGCACAAGGACCUGCUGACCCAGGUGAGCGAAGAACAAGAAAUGGAAUUGAGACGCUCUUUGGAUGACUACAUCUCCCAGGCCACCGACUUGCAGUACCAAUUGAAAACGGAUAUCAAAGACGCCCAGAAGGACGGGUUGCAAGACCCUAACAAGCAGGCCCAAGCGGAAAAUUCAAGACAGAAAUUCUUGAAGCUGAUUCAGGAUUACAGGAUUAUCGAUUCCAAUUACAAGGAAGAAAGCAAAGAGCAAGCCAAGAGACAAUACACAAUCAUUCAGCCGGAAGCCACAGACGAAGAGGUGGAAGCAGCCAUCAACGAUGUCAACGGCCAACAAAUCUUUUCUCAAGCUCUGCUAAAUGCCAAUAGGCGUGGUGAGGCCAAGACUGCGUUGGCUGAAGUGCAAGCUAGACACCAAGAGUUGCUGAAGUUGGAGAGGACAAUGGCAGAACUGACCCAAUUAUUCAACGACAUGGAGGAACUGGUCAUCGAACAACAGGAGAACGUGGAUGUCAUCGACAAGAAUGUUGAAGACGCCCAGCAGGACGUAGAGCAGGGAGUGGGCCACACCAACAAGGCCGUCAAGAGUGCCAGAAAAGCAAGAAAGAACAAGAUAAGAUGCUACAUCAUCUGCUUCGUGAUCUUUGCCGUUGUCGUGGUGGUCGUUGUCGUCCCCUCCGUCGUGGAAUCAAGAAAAUAA